CAUGUGCACAUGCUGAUUCAGCACAACACAGAAAUUGAAAGUUCAAUUGCGCUUCAUGUAUUAUUGUUGGUGCACCUCCGCACAUUAGUACGUGAUGAAGUAGGCGCUAAUGAUUGGCGCAUGGGGCUAUUAGGCAUGUGUGUGUAUAUACGUGUGGAGAGGGGAUUUCGCGGCGGCGCGCGCUCCCCCCAAGGGGACCUCCAUAUCUCAUUUCCCCUGUCCGGCCGGUCCUCUGGUCCCUCCUCCACCUCCCUCUCCUCUCUCGCCCCCUUCACUGCGACCACACCGGCCGUUCCUGGAACCCCCCAUCUCCUGCCACACCGAAGACUCGAGCUACAAACCGUGUCCUGGAAUCGUCGAACAACUAACUCGCGAUGUACUCUUCAGAGGUCGCUGAUAGAGAAGUGGCAGCGGCCUUCACGGACCAACAGCGUCUUGGUCUGACCAUGCCUCAGGUCCGCGCGACUGGAACUUCCACCACUCCGCAUUACACAAUCAUUGACAUGGAUCGCUCAGACGAUGAAGAGUCGGACCACGCCCCUGACCAGUUGCUCCCGGCAACGAGAGGGCGAGUCUCGCCGUCUCCAUACACGGCAAACACGGAGAGAGCUAAGCAGUUCAAUGUCAGUAUAAUAUGCACACCAUUACUAGAUGCUGAGGGGGCAUUGGUAGUGUAUACAUUAAGAAACCUCUGAUGAAGAACGCUGUAACUACAGUUUAUAUACCAACCAACAAGACCGCACGAACCACCUCUUGAAAUGAGGUGAAAUGAUAUUAGCAUUGAUUGAAGAGUACCAAACGCCUCUGCAGCCAAAGUUUACUCUCUUCUACGGUCUACAUACAUACAUACUACAUACAUACUACAUACAGCCACAAUCUGUACAUAAUGUCACGUAGUGUUCGCAGUGUAUGGUUGGUGUAUUACCGAACAUGGGCUGAGUCUAGUGAGUGGAAAUGUGACGAGGGGAAUUUCUAAUUUCUAACUGGUCUGUUACACUAUAUACUACUACUUACAGUGAAACCUCUGAAUAAGUGGGGGACUUCGAAAGUGUGGCCCUUAUUUGGAGGUUACAAACAUAUGCAAGAACUCUGGUACAAUAACUAUUUACUGCAUAGCUUUCUGUAGGCGAUCGUGUAUAUACACUGUGGAUAGGAACCCCUUGCCAAGGACACCUCUGAAAUGAAGACACCCUUUCUUUCCCCAAGAAAAGUUCUUGCAUGAAAUUCAAUCCCUCAAAUAAAGACACCCAUGGAUACUUACGUUCCAUUGGUGUCCAGAUUAAAGGAGUUCCCCUGAUAUUCCCCUCCCUCCCUCCACUAGACGUACGUCAGAGGAGUGAUAGAGCAGAGACUGGAUGUUCUGAUCCCCAUCUCCCAUCAGCCUCGCGAGCUGGUCUCCCAGAUCAUCGCGGACGCCAGUUCCAAAUUCCCCGAGUUCUCCACCUGUGUCCGCAAGAGGAUCAGGACAUUUCUCAAGUCAUACAGACGGUCGCGGAAAGUGAGAGAUCACCACACAACUCCCAAUGGAAUGGGAACUUCCCCGAGGAGUCAGGUGAUCAUCUUGUACCACACACACCCUCUACACACACAAAUUGACUUAACCCCC